AUGCAAUUUUGGGGAUGGACCACCUCCAGUGGAGGAGUAACACUCUUGUCAGCAGAACCCUACUUGGGUGUGACCAGCGAUCGAGUGGCUGAGUCAGAUUCGCCUAUUUCCGGUUCAGCGUUGGCUGACCUCCAGUUUGGCUUGCUGCACAGAUACCGUGGGCUGAGGCUGGGGCUGGCACGGGCUGAAAACGAGAUGGACCAGGACUUGUAUUUCCAGUCUGAACCCGGCUUCCUGCUAGACGAUGCCUUCACAGUCAUUCUUCAGCAAAGGAAGGACCAGGAAAACUCCCCACUUGGAGGAGUGUGCGGCGGCAGCGGCGGCGGCGGCAGCAGCAAGCCCUCCUUCCCCGAGCUGGAUUUCCGAUCGGGGGCCCGGAUAGAAGAAUUAAACAAACUCAUCCAAGAAUUCACCAAGCAUGACCAGCGGGAAUACGACGACCAGAGAGCCCUGGAGAUCCACACGGCCAAAGACUUCAUCUUUUCCAUGCUGGGAAUGGUCCAGAAACUGGACCAGAAACUCCCCGUGGCCAAUGAAUAUCUGCUGCUUUCCGGGGGUGUCCGGGAAGGCGUGGUGGACCUCGACCUAGAUGAACUCAACGUUUAUGCCCGAGGGACCGACUACGACAUGGACUUCACCCUUCUUGUGCCGGCCCUGAAACUGCACGAUCGGAAUCAGCCUGUGACCCUGGAUAUGCGUCACUCUGCCCUGUGCCACUCCUGGCUGAGCCUUCGACUCUUCGACGAAGGAACGAUCAGUAAAUGGAAAGAUUGCUGCACCAUCGUGGACCACAUCAACGGGGCCACUAAUUAUUUCUUCUCUCCAACCAAAGUGGCCGACUGGUUUUAUGACUCCAUCAGCAUCGUUCUUUCCGAGAUCCAGAAGAAGCCCCAGCGAGGGAUGCCUAAGGUAGAGAAGGUGGAAAAGAAUGGGACGAUCAUCUCCAUCAUCCUUGGGGUGGGGAGCAGCCGCAUGCUGUAUGACAUCGUCCCGGUGGUGUCCUUCAAAGGGUGGCCUGCGGUGGCCCAGAGCUGGCUUAUGGAGAACCAUUUUUGGGAUGGGAAGAUUACCGAGGAAGAGGUCAUCAGCGGAUUUUACCUGGUGCCCGCUUGUUCCUACAAAGGCAAGAAAGACAACGAGUGGCGGCUGUCCUUUGCCAGGAGCGAAGUGCAGCUGAAGAAGUGCAUCUCGAGCAGUCUCAUGCAGGCUUAUCAGGCUUGCAAGGCCAUAAUCAUCAAGCUCCUCUCCCGCCCCAAAGCCAUCAGUCCCUACCACCUACGGAGUAUGAUGCUGUGGGCCUGUGACAGGCUUCCCGCCAACUAUUUAGCCCAGGAAGAUUACGCCGCCCAUUUUCUCGUGGGUCUCAUUGAUGACCUCCAACACUGCCUGGUGAACAAGAUGUGCCCCAACUACUUCAUCCCUCAGUGCAACAUGCUCGAGCACCUGUCCGAGGAGACGGUCAUGCUUCACGCCCGGAAGCUGUCCUCGGUCCGCUCGGACCCCGCAGAGCACCUGCGCACGGCCAUCGAACACGUCAAGGCAGCCAAUCGGCUAACGCUCGACCUUCAGCGGCGAGGCAGUGCCACUAGCAUCCCCUCCCCGCAGUCCGACGGAGGGGACCCCAACCAACCCGACGACCGGUUAGCCAAAAAACUUCAGCAGCUAGUGACUGAGAACCCGGGCAAGUCCAUCUCGGUCUUCAUCAACCCCGACGAUGUAACGAGGCCCCACUUCAGAAUUGAUGAUAAAUUCUUCUGAGCUUGGGCUGACCUCUCUUUUGGGCUCUGUUCUAAGACUUUCACAAAGUGUUGUGGAUUUGUGAUGCUGCCUUGUUGUUGUUGUUGUUGUUGUUGUUGUUGUUGUUGUUGUUGUUUUUUACAUAUCCAGCAGAGAUUGGGUCUGUCGAGAACAGCGUUUGAGUUAUGUUCCUGUUUCUGCAGGAUGGUGCAGGUUCUGAAACAGUAUAUUACUAUUUCAUGUUCUGCCUUUGCUUUCUCCUUUUCUUUGGUCGUGUCAUAUUUGGGAUUUUUACUUUUUUUUUUUGUCGGGGGGUGGAGUGGGCGGGAUGAGGGUUGUUUUUAAAGGAGAACUUGAGCCAUAGAUGCAAAUGCCCAUUUUGGGGACAGUUUUUGGUUUCAUGGUUCUUGUAAAAUUCUUGGUGGGGGUGGGGAAGCUAUCUCUUGCAGAAUACAUAGAAGAGGUCUAUUUUUUUUUUUUUGGCUUUUGUUUUUGCAAGCUUCCAUCACUAAGAAGGUGUAUUUGAGAAACUCUUCUGAACAGGACAACUGCUUGGCUUGUCAGCUGGACCUGCCUUCCCAUCCAGCGUGUUCUUCCAGCGGUUGGAGCCCUUCUCCUCUGAACCAAUAGACUUUAAAAAUGAUAAUGCUCAGUUUAUUUUCGAAGUAACCUCUUUGAAUGUAAUUGUCCAUAUCAGAGCCUAUGUGGUUUGGCGAGCUGCAGCUACAGCUUUCCAAACUGAAUGGUUAGUUUAGUGCAUAUACUUAUUCGAAGCUUUAUUUAAGUCCUCUAAAGAUUAUAAAUGGUUUUUUUUUGCACUAAUGAAAUCUUGGUCAUUGUUAUAGUCCUGAUGUGUGUACUGAUAUAAAUUAGCCUCUACCUUGAAAUAUUUUCAUUUGGCCCCUUUCUCUAAACCAGUAGAGCACAGCUUUGCAUCAGGUUUAGUACUGCCCGCAUAGCUUAUUUUCUGUAAAUUGAGUCAUCUCGAUCUGAAAGGAUUUCAUCUAGUGUAAUGCUGCUACAUGAGCAAAGGUAUGACCCUUUGAGCAACUUUUUUUUUAUACCAUGCUGAUAUUUUAAGAAAAGCAGCAGGACAAAAUACAGGUUAGAUACUUCCUAGUCUUGUUAGCCUCUUAAAAGGCAGGCUUGAAUGCGGCAGGAAGCACCUGGUGAAAAGUUUGAUGAUGUCUUGCGGAAAGGAAUGAGGUACCAAGUCUCUCAUACUGUAAAACAUGGGCUUCCCUCAUGCAAGAGGACACUAAUGUAGCCAAUAUUGUUUUGUGUCAAGUAAGCAAAGUGUAUGUGAAAUUUUGGUGUGUCAGACUGCUUUUUGGAGGUUUCCAUUUAGCCAAUAGGCUCUUUCUGAUAUAACAGGGAUCAGGUAGCAUUUCCUUUAUAACCUCUAACAUCCCAAGGUUUGUAGAUUGGAUCCCAGCAGAUGAAAAUUUGGCUUUUGCAGAUCAGGAUUUUGCAUGAUUGUUGAUGUUUUUUUAAAAAAGAAUGGAACUCAUUUAGCCAUUUUAAGCCAGAUGCAAAAUAAAAUAGAGUGGCAUCGGAAACAUAUUUUGUGGUUCUGUAAUUUAAGCCUUGCUUUUUAAAAUCUGUAGUAGUCUAGAGUGAAUAUGACUCUCCCUGCCAUUUUUACUGCAAAAGUGAAAUGUCCAAAUUAAUAUUUUAAAUGCCCACAAUCCAAAUCUGCACCUCUUGUUAAUGGCAGUGGGUGCCAUCUGUACAUUGCAUAGAUCUUACCCCGACUCAGUCUGAGCCUCCUAAUUUCAUCAGUAACAAAGUGGUACGAUGAAAUUCAAUGCCAAAAUCCCCCUUUCUAUAACUCACUCCAAGAACAGAAAACAAUAGGGAGAAAUUUAAACAUUUAUGACUCAUUUCAGUUCAUGUGAUGAAAUCUAAAAGCAGUAAAUAAAAAAAAAAUAAAUCUUCACAAAACUACAGCUAUACCCAUUAAGGCAAAUAUUAAGAUUGUGCUGAAAGGUGAAUUGUGAUCUGUGGUUCCUUAGACAUGCUUGCAGGCCAAAUCAGUUAGUUGUUAGACCUAUGGAGAUCUCUUUGUGGAUGUCUGGAGGCCACAGAGAUACAAAAGCUUUAAAGGCUGAUUGCCUGGAGACCUGGAGAGUUCUUAUGGUCACAUAGUUUAUGGCCCUGCCUACUCCCCAGGUGUCUUCUUCCUCUUUAUUCCCUAGUUACAUCCACUCCUUUUCCUAAACCAUGGAGGGAGUUGUGGCCAGAGAUUCCUAAUUAUGAGCACACACCAAAAGGUGUUUCAAAGAAAAUGUCAAAGGAAAUGACCAAAUUAAAUUUUAAAAUGAAUAGUCUUAGAUAAUGGACAACCUCUUUCUAACCCUUCCCUCCAAAAAAACCCCCUGUUUUUGUCCUAGUGCCCUGUCCUUGUGCCCUGUGUCAUCUAAAGCUUUGUAUUUCUACUGCUCCUCUUUGUGAUGUGUUAACCUUAAAGCAGUGUAGGAAACCCAGAUCUAGCCUGGCUAGCUAUGCCAUCUGUAAUUCUAGGGAAACCCCAGGGAGCCUGGAACUAGCAGGGUUUUGUUGUUGUUGGACUUUGGGAAGGAAGGCAGUUUAGAAUUUGGGGCUUUUGUUUUUGUGUGAUUUUGGCACCUAAUAGCCAUGUUGAGACCAUUGGCAUGGGAUGUUCUUCAUUGAUUUCUUAACCAAAUACUUCAAUGACUUAUUCCAGCAAUUUCAACAAAACCUAUUCAAUUAUAGCUAAAUAUAUUCCUGUUGUUAUUUUUAAAGUAAUAAUUCUGAAAGGUUCUGCCCCAGGCUUCCAAGAAGGGUAAAAUUUGUUUGCUAACAACAUCCUGUGUUUUGACCCUAGCAGGGUGAGGUGAGAAAGAAUCCUUUAGCUUCAACUCUCAAUUUUGGCAGAAUUUGUAAGGGUUGAAUAAAAGCCUCAAAAAUAUAAUUCAACAUUUCCUGCUGCUGAAAGAGUGAAAUGCAUUUCCCAAAUGUAAACCCUUAGUGUUUAAUUCUUGAAGAGUAUAUAUUUUUAUUUAUAUCAGUUUGAAGGUCAGGAAGAAGACAGUUAUGAAAAUAAGAAAAAAAUAAACCAUAGCUGCAAACAAAACAAAUCAUUUUGAAAGUUAGAGUAUCAGUAGAAAAAUAUAUCUACAAAGUGACUCUCCCAAAAAAAGGGUAGGGUUGGUAUGACUUUUUUUUUUUGCUUGAAAAUAUAAAAUCUUUCCACUUGAAUGACUUUACUUUUCUGUUCACUGCCCACCAAUUUUUAUGCCAAUGUGGAGUGGCUAUAUUCUAUCAUAGCAGUUGAGUAUCUUGUGAUUCCUUUAAUAUGAGUAAAUACUACAGAGUGCUUUAAAAAUUUAAUGUAAAAAUAAGUAAUGUCACUGAAGAGAGAGGUUAUCAUUUCAUGCAUUGUAUUUGUUUCUGUGUGUAAUGAUUGACCUAAAGUAAUGUCUACAUUAGUAUAAAUCAAUGUACUUUAUAAAAAAUACAAAUUGGUAUGAUGGGUGCAACUUUGUAUUUAAUCUUAGUUUCUAACAUCCUCUUAAGGGUAAACAAAUACUGAACAAUUUCAACAUAGACUAAAUAUGUAAAAUAAUAGUGAGUUUUGGGAUGUUAAAGUAAUUGAGUACAACUUUUAUUUUGGAAUUCAUUUGUUUUGAAAAUAUUGUUUCAGAGUUGAGCUUUUUAAAAAUGUUUUUUCAAGAAUAGUACCAAAUUCAAGAUGAUUCUGAAAUGAAUGAUUACAUAAAAUCUGAUUCUUCAGAAUAGAAAAGGAAUUCUACAUACCAAAAUAUUCCCUGAAUUUUGUAUUUAUUUAAAGUGUUUAAUAUUGUCUAAGUGAAUGCUAAUAAAAUGUCUUCUAAAAUUUUA